UUAACAUGUUCAACCAGUCUUAACAAUGUGGUGCAACUGCUCAGCGCUCAGGCCCCCAGCUCCAGUUACUCGUCCUUGCCUUGAGCUAAGAUUUUAACAUGAUGUUUGCACUCACGACCCUCUUAUUCGCCAUCUCAUCUCUGAUAUCAUUGGUACUCUCACUACCACUGAACUUGAGGGAUGUAGUAGAUCCGCCCAUCACUAGUCCAACGGCGGACACUGUAUGGCAAGUCGGAGAGAAGCAGCUGGUAACUUGGAGCACUGACGAUUUAUCUCCUAAUGUUACCAAUCCGGUUGGGAUGCUGGUUUUGGGAUACAUGUACAACAACAGCGAGAAUCUAAUGUUGAGCUCACCGCUUGCAACGAACAUCAAUUAUGCGGACGGUCAAGCUCUGAUCACCGUCCCCGAUGUAGAGACACGAGAAGAUUAUAUCGUUGUUUUGUUUGGGGACUCUGGCAACGCCAGUCCAGAAUUCACCAUCAUCAACGACAGCUCGUCUUCGUCUGCUCCUGCGCCAUCCACAUAUUCAACUUCAGAUCAGUCGGCCACUCCUCUGAGCAGUGCAUCCCCUACAACUGAAGCUCUUUCGGGAACCCCGUUAUCAACUCCGGUCAAGUUGACUCCAACAACUUCCGGCAUAACACCUACAACUGGGGCGUCUAAGCCUACUUCAAGUUCCGGUACAACCUCAGUUGUCACGUCUAGUGUAGCGCCAACACAAACUACACUCACGGGUACUGCAUGGAGGAACCAUGCGUCAGGCGCGUCGAUUAUACUCGCCUUGGUAUCGCUGCUCUACAUCCUGUAGGCGCCAUGAGCUUUGAUUGGCGAAGCAUUUCUGAGAAUCAGAUGACAUGUCCAUAAUGAUUGCGACUCAGUUUCAUGAACUCUUACUUACUCAUUGUAUGAUUUUGACGACGAAGAUGGAUGGAUCUACGACACAUACUUGGCUGGCAUUCAAUCACUCUACUCUAGCAUUCUUACGAUAUCACUGUUAUUGGAACACUGUGCAUGAUUUACAUGAAUGUAGCAAUUUUUGGUUACUGGAA